CAGAUAGCAGGUCACGGCGCAGGCGCACUUCAUUCCCGGCGAGAUGCUCAUCAAAAUGGCGGCUCCAGGUCCAGGCGAUUACUUCACGUUCAGUGUCGGCUCUUCCGUCUCUUGUACCACUUGUCUGGGACAGAAUAUACAAGGAGAAGUCGUGGCCUUCGAUCCUCCGUCUAAGAUGCUCGCAAUCAAAUCUCCGUCCGGUAAGGGGCCCGACCGCCAUGAUGUGCGAAUCGUGAACCUGGCGCUGGUGUCUCACGUGGACGUCGUGCACGAGUGUACCGAACCGCCACCCGCUCUUCCAGUUCUCAACUUUCAGAAGCUCGAAGCUCGGGCGAGGCACGAAUGCAGCGAGAAGUGGAAAGCCGUGAACCUGAUCGGCAUCGGAGUCAGCCCCGAGGGACAGAAACUCUUCAACGCUAUACACAAAACGAUAAGUGAGACGCGAUGGAAAGACAAAGACAUAGUAGUUUUGGACGAUGUUGUCAUAUCUCCGCCCUACGGUCUGGAGAACUGCAAGGGGAAGGAGGGGCAGGCCCUGGCACAAGUCCGCAAAAUUGUUGAGAAGUACAUCAAGGAACAGCAACUUCCCCAGACAAACUCUUCAUAAGGGCAGCUACGACCACAGCUACGACCACAGGUACAGCCAGUACAUCAGCCAGGCCAAGUCACAUCCUGGUUCACAUCAACGUAGGGGUAGAGAUAUUUCCCGGACAACCAAUCUAGUCUCCAACAGUUUCUUAAAAGACGGUACAUCGAUGCCAACAUGUCGUUUUAUUACCAAUUUGGAUUCUUUCAAUAUUACAUAUGAUGAAUGUGUUUAGAUGUCCAAUUUUAGCUUAAAUCAAUCAUGAUACAUCGGAAAUGCCAACAAUUUUUGUGAUCUAAAAUUUCCACUGAGAAAUGUUGGGGAUGUACAUGUAGAAAAAAAGAUGCUGGAUAUUUGCCUUCAAGAUUAUUAAUUCCAAUUAUUGCAGAUCUAUCUACUCUCAUUCCCCCCUUGUUAUAUGUGGACAUAAUCAUAUUAAAGUCCCAAAUAUAGAACACAGGAAUAGACCAAUUUUAAUGUACAUUCGAUUUACACCAAUCCAAAUCACAGUUUCCUUGCCCUUCAGUCUAUGACCUUUAACCUCUUGUUACCAUCCUGAUGACCUUUUUCAACAAAAGGCACAGUACAUCAGUUGGCCCAAGAAGGUUCAAAUGUAGUACUGAUUUUGUCCAGAACACAUUCUCUUUUCCUGAGUACCAGAUACACUACAUACUUAACAUAGCAAACCAUUUCUUUCCCUGUCAAUUUUGUAUACAGCACUUUCUUUAGCAUACGUUCCGAUUGGCUGUUUAAGACACAGUUGAUGUUACAUUUAUCGGGGAAAGAGUCAUUUUUCUCAUGACAACACAGAAAAACAAGGGAAAAUCCGUUUGACAAUUUGCUAAGUACAAACGUAUUAGGAACUUGUAUGAAGAUUUUCACCCAUUGGGUAUUUUGUUUAUACAAUGUUUUACUGAAUAUGAUGAAUAAAACUUUUAUUAAGUUCCCUGUAACAG